GAUUGUCCAAAAACGGCGACGGUUCACGUCGACCGAGCAUGCUCGAUCGAAAUAACGUCCGUUUCGCAUCGUCAAUUUGUCCGAGACUUUGGAAAUGGCGCGAAAAUCAACGUACGCGAGAUGCGCAUUCGUCGGUGGCGCUCCAUCAGCUGAUGCGCCCGAUUAAAAACAUGGCGAAGUUGAGCCAUGCUGUGUGGGAUCUCUCUUCGAACUUUGCGGCGAAUCGCUAUUUUUCUCGCUUGUUGACUUCACCAUGGUACAAUAUAUCCAUGGUUACAUCAUCCCAUAGACUGUCAACGAACGUUGCUGUCAAAUCCGAAGACGCUUUGAUUAUAAGCGACAGUUGCGUGAAGCGUUUGAAGGAAAUCGCGAGCGAUGAUACGAGUCUGAGAGUCACCGUCGAGGGUGGUGGUUGCUCUGGAUUUCAAUACAAAUUUGACCUAGACUCAAAUGUACACGAAGAUGACAGAGUAUUUCAGAGGGAUGGCACCAAGGUGAUUAUAGACUCGACAUCAUUGGAAUAUGUGAAAGGAUCAACAAUAGAGUUUCAUACAGAACUUAUACGGUCUGCCUUUAGAAUAACAAAUAAUCCUUUAGCUGAACAAGGAUGCAGUUGCGGUGCUAGCUUUGCCAUUAAAGUGGAAUAGAUCAUGCUGGAUACAUCUAUUCGUAUUGUAGAGGUAUCUGUUUAUAUCUCGACCAACUAUGAACGUGCCCCUACAAGUGAUACCAAAAACACCUUUUCUAUCGUUGUUAAUUUAGAUUGUACAAUUUAUCCUGUACCGCAAGUUGAUCGCUGUAAACAAGUGUGAGCAAAUAGAAACAAUCGUUGCGUCUCUGUAUGUAACAUAGAAGAUGAGCUAAAUCUCAGUAAUGUAUAAGCGUAUCAUAAAAAAAAGAACAUCUUAA